GCCGUCCGCCUCCGGAGUGGAGACGGCUGGUAUCUCCACGCCAGCGAAGGCGAAGUUUCAGCAACCCCUAACCGAUAUGGCCUUGACCGGAAUGUCCGGUGGAGUGUGGAGGUGGUGGACGCCGAUAAUAUCCGGCUACGGAGCUGCUACGGCAAGUACCUAUCCGGCCUCCCCGACUUCGUCUUCUAGAGCCUACCCGAGGACUUGUCGCCGUCGGCGAAUUGGGAGCCCAUUAGAGAAGGCGGCAACAACCUACUGGUGAGUCUCAAGACCAGCGGCGGCUACCUCCUUAUCGACAGGGGCACUGGCUCUCUCCCUUCCGGGCAAAACACCAGGCCGGUUUACCUCAUCCGUAACCCUAACCGCAACCGUGCCCCCAAAGAUGGGACCCUCUGGGAGGUUGACGUCGUCGAAUGGAUAGGCUCGCCUUCACCAUAUUCUGAGUUGCCAGAAUGUCCUUAUUGUCCUUCUCUGGAAAAGUUAUCCUUGCAGCAAACUAUGAUCUGAUGGGAAUUCCUUCCUCGUUCUUUUUGUGCAUGCCUGCCCUCAAACUUCUGAAUUUGUCAUAUACCAGCAUAAAGUGCUUGCCAAAGUCUAUUUCCAAAUUGGUUAACCUAGAAGAGUUCUUUUUGCGGGGUUGUGAUCUAUUAAUGGAAUUACCAGUUGAAAUUGGUGAACUUGAGAAACUUGAAUUAUUUGAUCUUGAAGGUACUCCAUUAUCAUAUUUACCAGAGGAAAUUGGGAAGAUUGACCAAUUGAGAAGCUUGAAGGUUACCUUGAAUGCACGUGCAAACCUUAUACUGAAAAGUAAGGAUGUAAGUAGAAUAGUUCCAAUGAAGUACCUGCCAGAACGAACUCAAUUUAAAGAACUAAGCAUUGAUGUGCAUCCAGAUGGUAAUUGGUGGGAUAUUGAAGUGACAAGCAUUUUAAGUGAACUAGCCAGCUUUAAAUGUCUGAACACUCUUAAAUUGUAUUUGCCCAAUGUUGAAGCAUUGAAGCACAUCAGAUGGUACGGGACAACAUUGAUACAUCCAGCACUAGAAUGCUUCAGAAUCAUUGUUGGACAUUAAUAUUGUUUCUUAUCUUGCAUACCGCAUGAACUUGAAGUGGAAUUCAAUAAUUUGGAGAAGUUCGAAAAAGGCUUGAAGUAUAUGAAUGGUGAAGGCAUAAUGCCCGAAAUUUCCAAGUUAUUGAAACGUGUCAGUGCUGUUGCACUAGAACGCCAUUGGGUUCUUAAGAAUCUAUCUGAGCUUGGCCUUAGGAAUAUGUCUAACCUGAAGUUUUGCUGCUUGGCUGAAUGUAAUGAGCUCCAAACCAUCAUUGAUUCUGAACAGAUUUGUCAAGUAGAUUUAGAAGAAGAUGAUAGCGAUGAAUCUGAAUCUGGAUCUGAAUCUGAGUGUGAAGAAGAAAGUGUACUGAGUUCAUUGCAGUACUUAAGUAUUCACUACAUGAAGAAAUUGGAGAGCAUUUGCAGAGGGCGAGUUAGUAAGACGUGUUUGUCUAGUUUGAAGUCCAUGGCCUUGCAUACAUGCCUCAGUUUGACUACCAUUUUUACAAAAGAAACUCUUGAUAAUCUUAAAAACUUGAAGGAGCUUAUAGUUGAAGACUGUCCCAAAAUAAGUAGCCUAGUGAGUCCUGAAUAUUCCAACUCAACAUCAGAUGAAUAUCUCCCAAGCCUGAAAAAGAUAUCACUUCUCGAGCUACCAGAACUGGUCAACAUCUCCAACGGGUUGUGCAUCGCUCCAAGAUUAGAGAGCAUGGUCAUCUUCUAUUGUCCAAAGCUCAAUAUACUUUCUAGUACAGAUGUUUCCAGUAGAAAUUUGGAUGUAUUUAAAGGAGAGGAGGAAUGGUGGAAUGCUUUGGAGUGGAAUGAACAAGACACAGACCAUAAAUAUUAUUUGGCAGGUAAAUUUACUCCGCUUUCAAGGGAUAUGGAUUUGAUGGCUGACUCGGCAAAAAUCCGAUUAACUACAACCUUAUAAGCAAGGUGGAAAGCUGUCUUGACGGCCAGGUAUGGUACAUUUGCUGAACGAACCUUUGCUAUCAGCCCUUCUCUCUUUUUUUGUUCUCUACUUCCCCCAUCCCUGAGUUCAUUGAUGCUGCUGCUGCUGCUGCAUUUGCAUGGCUACAGCCUACAGCUAGUGUGACUGCACGGUUCCAUGCCGCACCACUUUGGGAUACCAUGAUUUACCCUAAGCCCCUAUGGAUUGGAGCAAAUGAUGAGAAUUUUCUCUCCAAUUGAAUCAUUACAAUUUUAGGAGGACUUGUUAUCAGAGACAGGAUGUCAAAAUUUAGACUCCACCAACCGUUUUGAACUUGGCAUUGACUGAAGAAUGAUCCUUUUUCUGAAGCUGAGAGAAGGUUUGAGUUCAGAUGCUGAUGAUGGUUAUUGCUGAAGAAUGUGGAAUAUAGUAUGGCUUGCACUGUAAAGUUUCAUGUGUAAUGAGCUCAAUGGACAUGAUCAUCAAAUUCUGUAUAUAAAUCAAAUCUGGGGAUUUUUGCCUCAUUUGUUACUUUCAGAAUCCUCUGAUAAUGCAUUAGUCAAAGCCAUUUUCCUGAUAAAUCUCCACA